AAGUUGCUCAGGCUCAGGUGACGCCACAGUCGUUGCAGCGAUGGCGCCGGCGCACGCAAGUUUGUUGACAUCGCGGUGCUGCUAGAAUUUCGUGAAUGUUUUGUUUUUCUACCCACCGUUCGGCUUCGUUUUCAUCAUGGGCGUCGUGAGCAUUCAUCAGUUUCCGAUACCUGAAGGCAAAAGCGGCCAGCAAGCUGCGGAACUUCUCCAGAAGCGUCUUGAAACAUUGGGGGCCGUUCGAGAAGGAAUAUUUACCGUGGACUGCGAGACCUACUACAGUGCACCUAACAUAAACCCCAGUCAUUCUGUGAACAUCAUCCACGACACCGAGCAUCCGGCGACAUGCUUCGCGCUGCUCGAUACAGGCAUGUGCCUUGUCGCGGACAUAACCUUCGACAUGCUCAUGCUUAAGAUGGCCGGAAUCUACAGCUCCAAGAAAUCGACCAAGAUUGAGUCCAGGGGACCCCGUUACGAAGUUGCAGACUUCCUCGUCAAAGUGGGCAGCGUCUCGAUGGGACCAAGCUUUCGGGGCAUUCUCGUUGAGGUUGAAUAUCUGCCAUGUGUGGUCCCAUCGAGUUGCUGGGACCUGAUGCGGGAGUUUCUCCAAGGCUUCAUGGGCUCGACCGUGCAGGGUCCUCCCCAGUACCUUCAGGGCCGCAUGAACGAACUGUACAAUCCUGUGGACACUGUCCAACAGUACAUGGAGCACUUCAACAAUUUCCGAAGGGCGUCUGCCACGCCCGUGACAGCACCCGCAAACAUGGAGUAGCAAGUUGGUGACAUACAGGCCUAUCGAACUCUACAGCCUUUGCUCCACUGAAACCUCUUUUCCCAUUUCUCUUUCUCCUUCUGCUUUUCUACCUUGGAAGCAAGACUGGCUGGAGCCACGUUUAUCAUCUUUCAUGGACAGACUUGUGUGAUGUGUGUAGCGUUUGUGUGAAUCAGUGCAUUUCCGUGUCACUUGUUGACUCGGCUGUGCCCAUGCUGGGCUCGUAUGGUAUCCUUACAGACAGUGUGCUUCAGCACGUAAAAACUUUUAACAUAUGAGAUAAUUUGUGAGCUCGUAGUGACAGCCAAGUGGAGACACAUUUCGUCGAGCUUUUUCCACAGCUUUCAGAGUGUUUUCAGCAUCCUAUGCAGCACUUGCUGCAACACAUAGGGCCAACGUUGCAUAAAAACAUUGUCAUCCUUACCAAAACAUCCGCAUUCAGUCACUUGCUAGCUUCCGUGCGCAUCUGAUCGUCAUGACAAGUGUUCUGUGGCUUCAAUACCUUGCUAUUGGCUUUAGACUGUUGCAUACUGCUGUCACCUGCUUUAUGCAGAUUUCCAAUUACACUGAUUAUGUUGUCAA